AUGCACUUCUUCACUUCAAUCUCCCUGGCUUCUUCACUCAUCGCCCUGGCCGGAGCCAUCCCGACUCUGACCGAGCGAGCAUUCACCUUCUGCCCCGGGCAAUCGCACCUCACUCCUGAAGUCAAGUGUUCCAGUGGCUUCAUCGGCUGCGCUCCAUACGAGAAGGGAAGCGAGCUCUGCAACGGACAGAAGCGCUUCUUCAACGACUGCUCCGGCGACGCAGGCCUAGGUUCAUUCUUCAACUGCGCCAACGGCUUCAAGGGCUGCACCACCAACCCAAACAUCUGCGACACCAAGCCUUCGACCGGCAGCGAUACAUCGUCCACUCCGCCAAGCGUUCCCUCAACGGCGCCUGGCAGCUGUCGCGCCGGAGAAGGCACAUGGUACAAGUGCGCCACCGGCUUCGAAGGAUGCAGCACUGACCACAGCGUCUGCGACAAGCCGUCGACAGCCCCCGCCGCGCCCGGCACAGGCUCAAACUGUCCCGCCGGCUCCUCAUUCCACGUCUGCGCCAGCAACGGCUUCCGGGGAUGCAGCACAGACGCGCUUAUCUGCGACAAACCCACAGCUCCAGCUCCAGCCCCAGUCCCAGCCCCAGCUCCCAAGACCGCAGACAAGAACCCCGCAGCGCCGUCGCCAGUCUGGUCCUGCCCCAAAGAUACCUGGUACGCCCGGCUCAACGAGUGCGGCAGCGGCUUCGUUGGCUGCACGGGCUCGGCGCUCGGCAGCAGCGUGGAUGUGUGCGCGGGCGAGAAGAGGUUCUGGGGCUCAUGCCCGGCUCAGCAUGGCAAUUACUAUAACUGCGCGAAUGGGUUUGUGGGAUGCACGACUGAUGUUGCGGUGUGCGAUAAGAAGGCGCAGUGA